CGCAUGUUCGUUGGGGCCGCCGGUUUAAGACUGCCAGGAGCGGAAGAUUGUUCUGGACCUCAUCGCCUACUGGGAUUAGAUUGAAUGAGUUUGCUGAUAACAGCGGCGCUUACAUAACUGCUCGUCAUUCAGUCAGCCCGCUGUUAGCUAGCUGACGGGUAUUAUCUGGACUAAGACAGCCCUUCAGGAACAUAGAUCGACCGUCGAACAUACUUUGGUAGCGUUUAUAUCUAUUAUAUUCUCUUGUGUCAGGUGCAGUCGUCAGGGAGUAAACUGAGACGAGUCAAAGAGCCUCAUUAUGUCAGUGGUGGGAAUUGAUGUUGGAUACCAGAACUGUCACAUUGCUGUGGCCAGAAGCGGUGGCAUUGAAACCAUCGCCAAUGACUACAGUGACAGAUGCACGCCAGCUUAUGUGUCCCUGGCUUCCAAAAACCGCAUCAUUGGAAAUGCAGCUAAAAGUCAAAUCAUAACGAAUUUCAAAAACACAGUCCAUGGCUUCAAGAAGUUUCAUGGCCGAGCAUUUGACGACCCGUUUGUGCAGGGGGAGAAACCCAAACUGCCUUACAGCCUGCAUAAACUGGCCAAUGGCAACACCGGGAUCAAGGUGCGUUAUCUGGAUGAGGACAAAGUGUUCACCGUGGAGCAGAUCACUGCCAUGCUGCUCACCAAACUCAAGGAGACGUCCGAGGCCGCCCUGAAGAAGCCUGUGGUGGACUGUGUCCUAUCGGUCCCGAGUUUUUUCACAGAUGCUGAGAGACGGUCGGUAUUCGAUGCCUCUCAGAUCGCUGGGCUCAAUUGUUUGCGGCUAAUUAACGACACAACUGCAGUGGCUUUGGCCUACGGGAUCUACAAACAGGAUCUACCCUCUGCAGAGGAGAAACCCAGGAACGUGGUGUUUGUGGACUUAGGUCACUCCUCAUACCAAGUCUCCAUUACUGCAUUCAACAAAGGCAAGCUCAAGGUGUUAGCCACCGCGUUCGACCCUUACCUGGGCGGGCGCAACUUUGACGAGGUGCUGGUGGACUACUUCUGUGAGGACUUCAAGGGUCGCUACAAGCUGAACGUGAAGGAGAACCCGCGGGCCGUGCUCCGCCUGCACCAGGAGUGUGAGAAGCUUAAGAAGCUGAUGAGCGCCAACUCCUCGGACCUGCCUCUCAACAUCGAGUGCUUCAUGAAUGACAUCGACGUCACCGGCAAGAUGAACAGGAUCCAAUUUGAAGAAUUCUGUGCUCAUUAUCUGGCGAGACUGGAGGCGCCGUUGAAAUCAGUCCUUGAACAAACAAAACUGAGCCGGGAUGACAUCUAUGCGGUGGAGCUAGUGGGUGGAGCCACUAGGACUCCGUCUGUUAAGGAAAGAAUCAUCAAGUUCUUCGGCAAGGAAAUCAGCACCACUCUGAACGCAGACGAGGCUGUGGCCAGGGGCUGUGCACUGCAGUGUGCGAUUCUUUCCCCAGCCUUCAAGGUGCGGGAGUUCUGCAUCACCGACGUGGUUCCUUUUCCCAUCACGCUGCGCUGGAAGUCCCCUACAGAUGAUGGCAUUGGGGAGUGCGAGGUGUUCAGUAAGAACCACGCCGCCCCGUUCUCCAAAGUCAUCACCUUCCACAAGAAGGAGCCCUUCGACCUGGAGGCCUUCUACAGCACCCCUAAAGACCUACCCUACCCCGACCCCAGGAUAGGUUGUUUCUCUGUGCAGAACGUUGUCCCCCAGGCCGACGGCGACAGCUCCAAGGUCAAGGUCAAAGUGCGCGUGAACGUCCACGGCAUCUUCACCGUGUCCGGCGCCUCCCUGAUCGAGAAGCAGAAGGGAGAGGCAGGAGAGGAGGGGCAGAUGGACACAGAGCCCCUUGUGCAGAACGAAGGGAGGGCAGAGGACCAGACUAGAAUGCAGGUGGACCAGGAGGGCCAGAGUCAAACGGAGCAGCCGAGUGAGGAGGCCAACGCAUGCAGCAAGGAGGGGCCCCCUGGAGACAAGCAGGACCCCGCAGCAGGGGGCAGCAGGUCCAGAUCCAAGGUGAAGAGCAUUGAUCUGCCCAUCGCCACCAACACGAUACGGCAGGUGAACAGGGACGUCCUGAACGACUUCGUGGACUACGAGAGGCGGAUGAUUGGUCAGGACAAGCUGGAGAAAGAGCGCAACGAUGCAAAGAACGCUGUGGAGGAAUAUCUCUACGACCUGAGAAACAAGCUCUGUGGUGUCUACGAAAAAUACAUUACAGAAGAGGAGAGCAGCCGGCUGUCUCUGAUGCUGGAGGACACAGAGAACUGGUUGUACGAAGAAGGAGAAGAUCAGCCUAAACAGAUCUACGUAGACAAACUGGAUGAACUAAAGAGAUUUGGUCAGCCCAUUGAAGACAAACACAGAGAGAAUGAAGAUAGACCGAGGGCUUUUGAGGAGCUGGGCAAGAAACUGCAGCUUUACAUGAAAGCCGUGGAUUGCUUUAAACAGAAGGACGAGCGCUACAUGCAUCUGCAAGUGGAGGAGAUGGGCGCCGUGGAGAAGUGUGUGACAGAAAGCAUGGUGUGGAUGAACAGCAAGAUGAACGCCCAGAGCAAAGUCCCCAUCACUCAGGACCCGGUGGUCCAAGUAGCAGACAUCAUAGCCAAAAUACAGGAACUGGAGGACGUUUGCUACCAAGCCAUCAACAGGCCGAGGCCCCAACUGGAGGAGUUGUUUGAGGAGACUGACAGCAGCCAGGCCCCUAACGGCCCCACGGCCCAGCAAGGAGACGGGGCCAAGGGAGAGCCCACGGGGGGUCCACAGUCCAAGUCUGCCUCUGGGAAGAUGGAAGUGGACUGAGCGGCCCCUCUGUCCAGCGUCGAACGAAAGUCUUGCAUCCCUCCCCCUCGUGACCAUCAUCGACCAUCCGAGCAGAAGCACCGGGACCAUCGCUCAAGUUUACUGGCCCCUCAGUGGGGGGGCUCUUGUUUUUCAGUGGCGCCAUGGUGGGCUUGUUUCAUUUUGGGGAAGACAUUUUGUUUCAAUCUUCUUUGUGACUGGUGGCUUUCACUUGGUGAGAGAAUAAAACCUAAAUGACAGGAUAAUCAUGCGGUAGAGUUAACACUGCUUCUGACUGAAACCUUUCACUUCUUAGCCCAGCGCUAGGUAACGUUUCACAUCUGAUUCCAUCUCAUGUCGCUGCAGCCAUUCCACUCACAACCUUCUUUCUAGAAGUUUCUGAGCUAGUGCUCUCUUGUCAUUGCUAUGACUGAUUUAUCGAUAAGUACAUAUGUAAUACGACAUUAUAUAAACAAUUAUAUUUAUUUUAUUUAAACUUAAAAUUUAGUUGUUAGAAAAUGUAAAUAGCAUUCCAGUAAGUUAUGGGGAUCCAGUGUGUGAAUAUAGAGAACACAGCCCUGGUGUAAAUUAACUUGUUGCACUCAAUCUUUUAAGUAAUUUUUGGCUGCAGGUUUCCUUCUCUUUACCCAUAUUUCCAUAACACUGAAGUCAUGAGAUGUAAAGUCGACCAAUAAAUGCAAAUGCCUGUAAGACAAUAAAUUAAUAUAAUUUGCGA